CCCAGUAGGAUGAACUGGACUGCUGCCACGUGCUGGGCUCUGCUGCUGGCCGCCGCCUUCCUCUGUGACAGCUGUUCGGCCAAGGGUGGCCGCGGAGGUGCUCGAGGCAGUGCCCGGGGAGUGCGCGGAGGUGCGCGCGGGGCAUCAAGAGUGCGUGUAAGGCCGGCACCCCGCUACGGCUCCUCCCUGCGCGUGGCGGCUGCAGGGGCAGCAGCAGGGGCUGCAGCGGGUGUGGCUGCCGGGCUUGCCACUGGCUCUGGCUGGAAAAGGACCUCAGGGCCUGGAGAGCUAGGCCUGGAGGACGAUGAGAACGGGGCAAUGGGGGGCAACGGGACCGACCGAGGAGUCUACAGCUAUUGGGCCUGGACUUCUGGCUCGGGGUCCGUGCACAGUCCACGUAUUUGUCUGCUUCUGGGCGGCACCCUUGGUGCCCUAGAACUGCUUCGGCCCUAGACCAGGCUAAACUCCAUCCCAGGUCCAGCUCCUAGUCCGUCUUAAGGCCCCUAGGGCCCACCCUAAUGGCCUCCAGCACAGGGGUCACUUCAUUUUGCUGACUAUGAUUUCCCAGCCCAGACAAGAGUCUGGCCACUCUGGACCCACAAGACCUCUGGCAAUUUGUGGGUGCAGUUUAUUCUCUUGCCCAUCAUCCCAGUGUCCCAGCCUUCCACCCUGGCAGGAACUAACAGCUCUACUACCAGAGUGGCAGGCUGCCCUCAACUCUCCUGAGCUGCCCAAGCAGGCAUGCCUGUCUGCUUGCCCAUCCCGACACGGGAAUAUGAACAAUGCUGACCACCAAGAAGAGGCCACCCUUGGUGGGCAUGUCUGAUCCUGCCACUGAAGCCCCCAUGGGCUUGAGCCUCCCGUGGAAGCAGAGGGAGUAGAGCACUUCCCUCUGACGUAGGAUCUGAUGAAGAGAGCAUCCACUUGGACUGCAGUGUGAGAAAUGCCAGGUGCUAAUCACCUGCCCAGAGCAGGUCCUAAUGAUGUCAUAGCUCAGAAACACCCAGAGCAGGAAAAUAUCCAUCCCAGGACACUCACUGUGGCCCUCCUACAACAUGCUACCAAAGUCAAGGUAGUAUAUUUCUUCCUGGCAGACUGCCUAAGGGACCUUGUGUCAGAAGGGUUUUCCACUUGAAGCUACCUGGCCAUAGGGUCCACUUAACUGUUUCUAAAAUCCACUGAGGGUAGGAGUUUUUAAACCACUUUCAAAAACAUUCCAUUCCAUUUGAACUUUAGGUUCACCAGUGAGGGUCACUUGGGUAUAAUACCAAUCCUGCUGGGGGGCUUGUAUAUAACCCAAAGUGCAAGAUAUCCAUAGUCCCAGUGGAUAGCGGCAUUUCAUGUUGGGAGACCCCUCCCUUGGAAACGGAUGGCCCCGGGAGGUGAGACAGAGAAUGGCACAAUUGACAGCUGGCAGUCUGCACAGUGGAGGGGGCAGCAGUUCUCCAGGUCCUCUGCUGCCAGAAGAAAGCUGGCAGACACAGAAGAACCAGCCUCAGCAGGUUGUGAGCGUGGGCUAAUGCUCCUAGCUUUCUGACCAUCCAUAGCCAUCCUGAGAACAGAGCUAAUGUGUGCUGAGUAGCCUCAAAGAUACACUAUAAUCCUCACAAGAAUCUACCUUUAAGCAGAUUCUUGCUGUUUCAGGGCCCACUAGCGCAUCUUUGCCACAUGGAGUGAUGGGUCUUGGGA